CCCUUCAACUCUUAUCAGUGCGAAGCUGCAAAGGCGAACAAUAGCAGAAUCUAUAAGAAAGGGAGAUUGUCUCAGUUGGGCCAGACAUCUGAUGGCUGAUUAGGACUAGCCGUGGGGGAUUAACAAUGGGAGGCACUCUGGCAAGCCAAAGAACCUUGGAGGAAUUCAGACAACCUCAUCCUACUGAAGACCCUCCACCAAGAGUGGAUGAAAAUGACACAGCGGUAGUGUUGGAUAACUACCCUCCGCCUGAUAUCUGUGAGCCCAUAUUUCGAAUGGGAGAUUGGCUGAAAAUAUUGUCUGAGGAUGGCUACUGGUGGAAGGUCUACUCUGUCAGCACUAAGGAAGUGAACUAUAUACCGCACUGUCAUGCCACAAAAGUCUACCACAGUUGGCUGUUUGAAACAGUGACUAGACCAAAAGCUGAGGAACUGCUUCGACUGCCAGGAAACCGAGUUGGAUCGUUCCUGAUCAGAGAAAGCGCAAAAGGUUCGUACACCUUAUCUGUACGCCACAGAAAUAUUAAGCAUUAUCGAAUUGUUCGAAUGCCAAACAACUGGUACUUCAUCUCUCCACGGCUCACAUUUCAAUGUCUGGAAGACCUGGUCAACCACUACUCGGAUAUAGCAGACGGACUGUGCUGUGUUCUAACUGGCCCAUGCUUGACCACCUGUGAAACAACUCUGAGUCAGCUCACAAAAACACCUGGGAAAAAAUUAUCCUUUGACUGGAGAGCAGUGAACAGCUCGGAGCUCGUUCAGCAGAGCACAAGCCCUUCUGCGGUCAGCUAUGGGGUUCAGAACAGUGUCUCUUCCUACCUGUCUUUGCUGGGACAGCAAGAGAAGCCAGAGAAAAAGAAAUUUAGCUUGAAGAAGAGGUGGAGGUCUGUCUACAUGACGCAAAACAACCAGCUUGACAGUUUGGCCACUGUGGAGGAUAACUACGAGGAGGUGAAUUGAUAGACCACAGCUGAUUCAUUCCAGGAGAUCAAACGCGGAAUGAGUAUCUAAAUACAUUGUUGUGUCUGGACUAGAAAGAGACAGACUUUCUCUCAGAGAAACAAUUUGAAUACUUAAAACAGUUCCUGAAGGAUGUGUUUAUUUAAAUUUAUGCUUAUGAAGCUUUGAGUAUAAGUGUUUUAAGAUGCUCGUGCAACCCUGCAGCAUUACUUUUGGACUGGAGAAGGUUGCUAUUACUGUAAAUGUGAUCUCAGAUCUGUCUUGUUACAUAAAAUUGUGGUGCAGUAUAACCGGUAGUUUGAUCUCAGAGCUCUGUUCUUACCAUUAG